AAAAAAAAGAUUCAACAAUUUUUUUUACAUAAUUUUUCUCUAUAUAUUCAAAGUGAAUUAUCAUUGAUUUCAAUAGUAAUAAUAAAUAAUUAAAUGGAAGAAUAUUCACGUGAACCAUGUCCAUGGCGUAUUGUGGACGAUUGUGGUGGUGCAUUUACCAUGGGUGCAAUCGGUGGUGGUGUUUUCCAAGCUAUAAAAGGAUUUCGUAAUGCACCAUCAGGAUUUUCAAGACGUACAACCGGUGCCUGGUCAACAGUUAGAUCUCGUGCACCAGUUAUUGGUGGUAAUUUUGCCGUAUGGGGUGGUUUAUUCUCCACCAUUGAUUGUUCAUUAAUAUAUUUACGUAAAAAAGAAGAUCCAUGGAAUUCAAUAACAUCUGGUGCUUUAACUGGUGCCAUUCUAUCUGUUAGAAAUGGAACCGGUGCAAUGAUUGGAUCGGCUAUAAUUGGUGGUGUACUUUUAGCAUUGAUCGAAGGUAUGGGUAUAUUAUUUAUGCGUUAUACAUCCGAACAAUUUCGGCCACAAAAUCCAUUGGAAGAUCCAACACAAUUGGGUUCACCAAUUCCAUCGUCAUCAUCAUCAUCAUCACCAUCAUCUUUAUCUGAUCAAAUGGCAUCACCAUUUGCAACACAACCACAAUAUCAAUAAUAAUAUGUGAAUUUAUUGAAUGUAACAUCAUUUUUUUUGUUCAUAAUAAUCACACACACACACACACAUUUCAUUUAUCUGAUUUUUUGUGUAAUAAUCACCUUUACAAAAUGAAAAUGAUCCAAUUUACUAUUGUAGUUUUUUUUCUUUGUUUUGUUUUUUUUUUUGUUGUUCAUUCAAUGAAUACAAUUUCAAUUUACAAUAGGAUUUUUUGUUUAUCAUAAAAAGAAUAAUUAAUAAGAGAAAACGAAUAAGUUUUAGG